AUGCCACCUCAUCCAAUGGCAAUGGGAAAUAUUGGACCUCAUCCAUCAAAUCCUAAUUAUAAUCAAUAUAAAUUUGAAUCUGAUGAACAUGGUAAUAUGAGACGAGGAAAACGUGAUAAUACAAUAACAGCACCAAAUCUGAAUAAUAAUAAUAAUAAUAACCGACGAAACUUACCUCAACAAACAGAAACCAAUGGAAAAAAGAAAAUCAAUAAUCUACCAAAACCAACAAAUACAAAAACUUCUGAUCAUCAAAAUAUGGAUCAAUUAGUUCAAGAACGUAAACAACUAUUAGCACAAUUACAGGAAAUAUCUGUUCGUAAUGAUAAUGAUGAAGAACAACAACAACCAUCAACAUCAUCAUUAUCAUCGAAUGAUAAACAAUCAAUACUAAUAAAUCAAUCUAAUCAAACAAAACUUACGAAUUCUCAAGAUGAUGAAGGUGAAGAAGGUGAAAUAAGUGAAAGUGACUAA